AUGGGUAUGAAACGACUCUUUGAUCUAGCGCCGCUUACUACCGACCUAUUUCGUGUAAUACUAGAAGAGCUAGGAACCAUUAGCGCAGAGCCAACAGAUGUCACAUACGAAGAUGUCAACUGCCCAGGAACGGUCAGGCCGGCAAUCUGGUGCAAGCCAAAGGAAGCCUCGGCCUCACGUGUUAUUCUCUACCUACACGGCGGAGGAUUCGUCACCGGAUCUCCAUCUAGCCACCGCAAGCUAGCCGGACAUCUCGCCAAGACUUCUGGAUGUCACGCUCUGGUUCUGGACUAUGAACGAGCUCCAGAGAAUCGAUUUCCCAAACAAGAAGAUCAAAAUAUCGUAUUCGCUGGGAACUCAGCUGGCGGAAGCUUGACGAUAUCGUCCAUCUUAAUGGCUAAGAAUCUAGGUCUUGAUCUUCCAGCUGCCAUCGUCGCAUUCUCUCCGUGGUUUGAUGUAACCAUGAAUGCCGAAAGCUAUGAUAGAGAUUCAACCAAACAGUCGUUUGUAAUACCCGAAGCUAUAGGGCUUGUUGCCGGAGCAUACGUUGGAAACGCCCCCAUCUCGGACCCUCUAAUAGAUCUGCUCCAUGCCGAUUUUACGGGUCUUCCUCCAAUGUAUAUAACAGCCGGAACCGAAGAAAUCCAUGAAAAAGAGGCUUUGCAGCUGACGGAACAUGCCAGGUCUGCAAAAGUCGAAGUGCGGUUGGAGAUAGUGAAAGAUAUGGAGCAUAUUUGGGUCAUGAUGGCUGGAAGAGCACCUGAGGCUGACAAGACGAUUGCUGAAGCUGCUAAUUUCCUUCGUAACAGAUGGUAG